AUGAAAUUGAUAUCUGCUUGCUUAUCAUUGCUGUUGAUUUCCACCAGCGCAUAUGCUUUUACAGCAGGCACCAACACAACGCCCAUCAUUGACUCGUUGCUCAGUUACAAUGCUUCCAUGCUAGAUACCGUGCACGCUUUCAAAGGCAUCUUUUUUGGCGAUUUCAAUGCAGAAGAAGACACCCAAAGAUUCAACAAAUCCAUCGCUGUUCAGGGCAACUUUGUGAGUAAUAGCUUCCAUGUUAAUAGCAACGCUACAUCGAUUACCUGUUCAACAAACGCUAGCGCCAUGACUGACUUUGGCCUGGUAGUUGCAGGCACUCUCACCACUGUCAACACCACUGUCAAUGGUGCUAUUUCUUCAUUGUCAAGCACUGGUAAUAUCACUGACAGCUGCUUCUCUAACAUCACUGUCGACUUUGAUAGCCUACAUCGUGAGGCUCUCAACAUUUCACAAUUCUUUGCUCAACAAAAACCCAACAUGGUGAUCCGAGAUGGCGGUUUCUUAUCUGAUGGUCAGUUCUUAGGCAGUACAAAUCAAGAUUACUAUGUUUACACCUUCUACAAGUGCGCUGUGGAUACAUGUAUCAUGCCUGAUUAUCUCUACAGUAGCCCUGAGCAGAUCUUUUACGGUGGAAACUGGACUGGACCUUACAACACGAAUUAUCCCAAAGACAAGCCUAUUGUCUUUAAUAUUCCUGUGCUAACAGAUACUGUAUUCAACAUGUCAACAGCAAAUCCUGCAGCUGGUCUCGAGGAUGCUAAUGUUCUGUACAAUAUCUUCCCUGUAUUGCCUUCGGGUGCUUAUGAUGUGAAUGGCCAUGUUGUCUGGCUCCGUAAUACCACUGAAUCCAUUAAUGGCUUUAUGCUGGCUCCUUCCGCCUAUGUGAUUGAGAACAAUAAGGGCGGUUUUACUGAUAAUUUGAUGGCAGCCCGUUACUUGUCUGCUGUUGAUGUUAACGCCAUGUUCAAUAGCACUUCCACUUACCCAGACCUCGUUCAUGCUCAUGGUACGAUAGCUGCCAACAGCUCAACAGCUGCUAGCACAUCCGGUAUUACAAGCAAUGAAUAG